CCGAUUUCAGGUGGAGAUCGAGCAGGAGGUUCGAGGGAGAGAGAGAGAGAGAAACAGUACCGAUCCAACGAAUUCGGAGGCUGGGCAAACGGUCGGGUAUAAAACAGUUGAUCGGCAGCAAAGCCAGCAUCAGUCACGUUUAACUUUGCUUUCCUGCUCGACUCAAGCUGCCCAACAUGAAGGUCGCGGUUGUUUUCCUCGCGGUGCUGGUCUGCGCCCUGGCAGACGAGAAGUACACGACCAAGUACGACAACAUCGACCUGGAUCAGAUCCUGAAGAGCGACCGUCUACUGAACAACUACGUAAACUGCCUGCUGGAUCUUGGAAGUUGCACACCCGACGGCAAGGAGCUUAAAAAGUCGCUCCCAGAUGCCUUGGCAAACGAUUGCAGCAAGUGCAGCGAAAAACAGAAAACAGGCAGCGAGAAGGUCAUCCGCUACUUGAUUAACGAGCGACCUCAAUUGUGGGAUAGGCUGUCGAAGAAAUACGACCCGACCGGAGAGUACAAAGUCAAAUUCCAAAAUGAAGCAGACAAACGUGGCCUCAAACUUUAAGCUAAUAGAGAAGUUCCUCGAAGGAAACGUCCGGUGUCGCGUAGUGACGAGGAGUGAUUGAUUUAUACGUCGUUAUCGAUCGCAUUAUAAUUUUGUUUCAUCUGUAUUUAGUCGAAAGGUCAGAAAAUAAAUGUUGCAUCUUGCAAGGAUCUAAA